CGGCGGUUUACUUUCAUCCUCAAGUUUGCUCCGUUGACAUGAUUAGCUGCGAGGUUCUUCUCUAAGUACACUUAACCUUGGUUUCUCCUGAAUGUAAACGAAUCAACCAAAAUUCUUCCCUGGCUGUAUCCUCAACUUAAGCAGGACCAAUGGAGGUGUCCCAUUCGAUCAGGGAGCGCACCAUAGCAGAGAACAGCCUAGUGAUCCUUCUCCAGGGGCUUCAGGGGGAGGUAACCACCGUGGACCUGAGGGAUGAGAGCACGGCGAGGGGACGUGUGGUCAACGUGGACGCCUUCAUGAACGUGCGUCUGGAGGAGGUGCUGUACCGGGACCGCCGCGGCCGGCUCAGUCAGCUGGCCGAUCUGUUUAUCACGGCCAGGAACGUGCGCUACGUCCACAUCCCCGACCACGUGGACAUCAUGGAGACCAUACAGACCCAGCUGACCAGGAUCAGACGCGUUCGCAACUUUGCCGGCGAGAAAAGGGGCAGGAAGGAGUAUCUAAAGAAAAAGAACUGAACUUGGAAUGGUGGAGGACGUUGUGUUGGCCCCAAGGGGCUGACCUUUUCUGACCUGAGUUUCAGCUCCUUGUCACUCAUGGUCAUCCCAAACGUGUGGCUUGACAAUGAGCAAUGGAGUUGGCAAGAGCACAAACAGAUCUGGGACCAGACUGAAUUUAUAAAAUAAUUGAACUUGAAGAGUGUUAUUCUCAUCCACGUGUUGGCUUUCUCUCUGUCUGUAUGUGGUUGGCUAGCAAUUGAACCAGGGGACGAGGUUAGAAGGGUGGAGGUUGUGUUGCCCCAAGGAGCCUUCCAUCACCGCUCAUUUCAAAUUGUGCAAUUUCUCCUUGUUUCAUGAAUGAAAUUGUGACUCCAGAACAGAAGAAUAUGAAUUUGAAUUGAUUCUCACAAGUUACAGGUGUCAUCCUUGAGUCUUUAUGUUCAUAAUGCUUUAACAUUAUAAUUCACAGAGGGUGACAGGUUCUCCUCUUAUCCAAGGAAAGAAAACAACUAAAGUUUAAGAAUGUCAAUAGUUGGCAUUGUAAAGACUUUUCUUUGGUAAAUAAGACUAUUCUUUUUGAUGCUUAAGUGUUUUUGAUUCUCGUUUUGCUCCACCUCUUGUUGAAAUACUUUGAAUAAACAUUCCUUUUUUAAAGAAA